AUGCCCUUCCUCAGUCCCACGCUUUGGGGUGGGAGGCAUCUAGGCUGGUUAAGGAAGGGAGGCGUGUUGGGGAGAAGGGGAGCAGUGGGAAGAGGAAUAAGAGUGGGAGAGGAGGGCAGGGAUCGGGAAGAAGGGAAGCUUCCGAGAAACGUACCAGAAGAUGGUGUUGGGGAAGGUGACGAGCGGGAGAGGAGGGAAGAACAAGGAAAGGGGGAGGAGGAAGAGGGGGAAAAGGAGAAGGAGGAAGAGGCGGAAAAGGAGGAGGAGGAGGAAGAGGAGGUGGUGCAGGAGGGGGGCGUUAGAAAUGAGAAGGAAGAAGGGUCUUCUGAGUCUUCUAAGGAGGAAAGUUCUAGCGAGGAGGAAGUGUGUCCUUCUGACUCGAGUGAGGAGGAGGAGGAGGAGGAGGAGGAGGAGGAGGAGGAGGAGGAGGAGGAGGAGGAGGAGGAGGAGGAGGAGGAGGAGGAGGAGGAGGAGGAGGAGGAGGAGGAGGAUUCAAGUGAGGAGGAAGGGGAGUGUAACGAGGAGGGAGAGGAGACGGGUUUGAAAGAGGGGAGGAAAGGGGAGCCUGUUUUUGAGUCGACUCAAAAGGAGGGGAGGAGGAAAGGGGAGAAGGAGGGAGAGGAGAAGGAAGAAGGAGGAGGAGCGAAGAAAGGAGAUGGGAAGAGAGGAGGGACGAAAGGAGAAGCAGGAGGGCGUGAGGGCGGCGCAGGGUUGAAGGAUGCAGGUACAAGGGCGACGAGGGGGGCCCAUGCUGCUGCGGCGAGAGGGGCGCCUACUGCUGCUUUGUCUGUUAGGAAGGGCCCUUCGCGCAACACGAUUCGCAAGAGGGCGAAGAGGAGAUGGCUGGCGAAGCAGCAGCAAGCUGCAAAGGAAACUGGUUUUGAGGCGCCUCAAAACUAA